AUGUCACUAUUCAUUUUCUCGGCCGCUCUAGGCCUCUUCGCGACUGCUGGCGCAGUUCGUCGACAAGCUGGCCAGACUGGCAUCGACUUCCAACCUUGCCAGGAGCUGAACAACAACAUAACCAGGAUCAAUGGCGUCGAAGGCACCACAUUUGAGUGCGCAACGCUCAACGUCCCAUUAGACUACACCGAUCUGUCCUCGCGCCCGUUGGAGCUGGAUUUGUUCAGAGUGCCGGCCACGGAGGAGCCGGUCUUAGGAAGCGUUCUCAUCAAUUUUGGAGGACCUGGCGGUACUGGAGCGGAAAACCUGCCUGCGUACGCUGCAAAUGCACGCAAUGUCAUUGGAGCUCAGUGGCAUCUGGUGUCUUGGGAUCCUCGAGGAACGGGCAACACGAUACCGUUCCAGUGUGACGUUUCUGCUGUAGCUGGCAUAACAGUACCUUCUCGAAAGCGUGAUGAGCUUGGAAACCUUGUCAGCACAAACACAACCGAAGUCUUUCUUGAAGGCGCAUGGCAAUCAGCUGGUCAAGUCGCAGAUGCUUGCUAUGCACAGAAUCGAGAAGACGAGACGGCGACGCUCAUCGGCACGGCUUUCGUCGCUCGAGACAUAAUGGAGAUUGUAGACGCGUUGGAUGAAGACGGUCUGCUCCGCUAUUACGGCUGGUCGUACGGAACAGCCUUGGGCAGCUACGUGGCCGCCAUGUUCCCUGACCGUGUGGAGAGUAUGGUACUCGAUGCCAACGUCAAUCCUUACGACUACCGAGCAGGCCAUUACGGGAAGUGGACAUCUGACACCGAUGAAGCAUUCCAAGGCUUUAUACAAACGUGCUACAACGCCACCGACGACUGCGACCUGUACACCCUUCUCCAGCCCGACUCGCCGCAAGACAUUCUCGACGCCAUCAACCUCGCUCUCACACCAUUUGCACGCAACGCUACCAACGGUGACCAAGCCUAUCUCGCCUACCUCGCCCUCAAAUUCUCAAUAAUCAAUCCCCUCUACUUCCCCCGAACCUGGCCCAUGCUCGCCUCAACAAUCGCAGAAUUACUGAACGGCUCCACAUCCGCUCCACCAUCUAUGGAAACCUACGGCACAGCAGAAAACGCCAUCUUGGGAAUCCGCUCGGGAGACGCCACCUUCAUCGCUAAUUCCACUGAAGAGUACCUCCCGCAAGUCGAGUACCAAUCCACCAUCAGCCCGGGCUUCAGCGACAUCGCAUACUGGCCCCUCUGGAUCUCCGCGCAAUGGCGGAUACCGGCUCGCGAACGGUACUGGGGGGUCUUCAAAGCUACGACUAAGACGCCGAUCUUGUAUAUUAACGGCGAGUUCGACCCGGCGACGCCAUUGGUAAAUGCCUACACCUCUAGUAAAGGGUUUGAAGGGAGUGUUGUGCUACCGCAUAGUGGGUAUGGACAUGGGAUCUUUGCGGAUCCAUCGGAGUGUGUGGCGAGGUAUGUGAGGGCUUAUUUCAAGGAGGGGACACUGCCGGACGGUGGGACGCGCUGCGAGCCCGAUCAGAGUGUGGUGGAAGUUUGGAGGAGUGCUGUGAGGGCGGAUGAGGCAGCAGAGAAUUCGUCAACCACUGGUGGAUCGAAUGCUACGAGCUCUGCUACUCCUGCGGCGACGAACGGUGCAGGCCGUGUGCGAGGCAGUGUUGCGCUGGCGAUUGGGGCAGUGGUGGCUGUGGCAGUUAUUGGUGUGCUGUGA